AUGUCGUCCAAGUCUCUACCUUACUCCAAGAAAGAUGUCUACUACGACAACGCCAAGUUCCGCCAUCGCUCCUUCGUCAAGAUGAUAUCUCAGUCCUUACACACCAGUAACGUAAAGCAUCACUGUAUGAGUUGUAGCACAGGAAAGUUUCUAUUUUUAAUAAUGAUAUUUGGUGUAGCAUAUCUUAUGCUGACACACACAAGUCCCACGAAUUCUGUUACUGGCGGAUUUGUGAAGGGUAGUAAGAACAAUUCAGUUGAGCACAUUACAGGCGGUGGCAUUAGAUUUAGAAAUAUUUUCAGAAAACCACCAAGGCUUCCUCCUCAAUUACCGCCUGGUGAAAAAGGUAGCACCGGUAACCUUGGUCAUGAGCGUAGGAAGUUAAAUUCUGACCCAAAAUGGAUAGCUAGGCAACAGGAUGUUAAGAAGGCUUUUAUUCAUGCAUGGUCUGGUUAUAAAAAGUAUGCAAUGGGUUAUGAUGAGCUGAUGCCCGUGAGCAAGCGUGGAGUUGAUGGGUUAGGUGGUCUAGGUGCAACUGUUGUGGAUGCCCUUGAUACUGCCAUGAUAAUGGGUGCUGAUGAAGUUGUUUCCGAAGCAGGCUUAUGGAUUGAAGCACACCUUUCAAAUAGGAUUAAUCAGACGGGACAAGUUAAUUUAUUUGAAACUACAAUACGUGUUUUGGGUGGUCUUUUAAGUGCAUAUCAUCUUAGUUCUGUGGAAAAAGGGAUGGACUCAACACAUAAAGGAACUAAACCAGUUGUUUAUCUGGAAACUGCUAAAAACUUAGCUGAUCGUCUACUAUCUGGUUUUACUUCCAGUCCAACUGCUAUUCCCUUUGGUGAUGUUGUUCUUCGUGACCCUUCAGCGCAUCCAGCUCCUGAUGGUCGUAGUAGUACUUCAGAAGUUUCUUCUUUACAGCUUGAAUUCAAUUAUCUAAGUUCAGUUUCUGGUGAUCCAAAGUACAGUGUGGAAGCUAUGAAGGUCUUGGAACACAUGAAGACUCUACCAAAGGUGGAAGGACUGGUUCCUAUCUUUAUAAACCCUAGCACUGGUGAAUUUAGUGGAGAAAAUAUAAGACUGGGAUCUCGCGGUGACAGCUACUAUGAGUACCUACUGAAAGUUUGGCUUCAGAAAAAUCGAGAAAGUAAUGUUACAUACCUCUAUGAUAUGUAUGAGGAAGCAAUGAAGGGUGUUAGGCACCGUCUUGUUCGGAAAUCAAUCCCAAAUGGAUUGGUUUUUGUAGGGGAAUUGCCUUAUGGAUCCGAGGGUUCUUUUAGCCCCAAAAUGGAUCACCUGGUAUGUUUUUUGCCCGGUACUCUUGCACUUGGUGCCACGAAAGGCAUUACCAAGAAAAAAGCAAUGACAGAUAGUGUGAUUAACUUUGAGGACCUAAAAAAUUUGAAACUUGCAGAAGAUCUGGCUAAAACAUGCUUUGAGAUGUAUUCAGUAACCUCUACUGGUCUUGCUCCAGAAAUUGCUUACUUCCAUACAGAGGAAUUUUCUGAAGGAGGUCUUGAUGGUGGUAACAAGAGUUCUGAAUAUGUGAAUGACAUAAUCAUCAAACCUGCUGAUCGUCAUAAUCUCUUGCGUCCUGAAACUGUGGAAUCAUUGUUUGUCUUGUACCGCAUCACAGAGGAUCCAAAAUAUCGUGAAUGGGGUUGGCAGAUUUUUGAAGCAUUUGAGAAAUAUACGAGAAUUGAUACUGGCGGAUACAGUUCUUUGGAUGAUGUAACUUCAAUUCCUCCUCGUAAAAGAGACAAAAUGGAGACGUUCUUUUUGGGCGAGACACUGAAGUAUUUGUACUUGCUGUUUGGAGAUAGUUCCGUCCUUCCAUUGGAUAAAUUUGUUUUUAACACAGAAGCUCAUCCUAUUCCAGUAGAAGGCACUACCAAGAGGGGAUGA